AUGGAGCUAAACAACCGCACAAUGAAGGACAUUCCUUCGCACGUGGAGCCGUUCGGGUUUGACCGGAGUAAGGUGACUCCGGGUAUCAUGCACUUCGGCGUUGGGCAGUUCUGCCGCGGCCAUCUGAUGUUGUUCGUACGUGAUAUUCUCCGCCUCUCCGCGAAAGAGGGUGGCCGUUACAAUGACUGGGGCGUGGUGGGCGUGAAUGUACCGGCAGGGCCAAGGGAAAAACAGAUGGAGGUGGACUUCAAGAAACAGGACUGUCUGUAUACAUUCACAACACUUUCCACCGAAGGGGAGGCGAAGCAUUACUUAAUGGGAUCCAUGCUGGAUUACAUGUACGCCCCAGAAGAACAGGCGAAGGUGCUGCGCAUGUUGAAGGAUCCACGUAUUAAGAUUAUCUCCCUCACCAUCACAGAAGGUGGUUACAACAUUGAUGAGAAGAAGGGCGUCUUUGAUCUCAAAAAUCGUGACGUACAACACGACAUUUGCAACCCACAAGCACCCAAAACCGUAUUUGGUUACAUUGUGGAGGGACUUCGCCGCCGCCGCGAGGCGGGUGUGCCGCCAUUCACAAUCAUGUCAUGUGAUAACUUGCGACAUAACGGUGAAGUGGCAAAGAAGGCCGUUCUCGGCUACGCAAAGGCUGUAAACCCGGAGUUGGCUGCGUGGAUUAAAGCAAACGUGAAGUUUCCAAACAGCAUGGUAGACCGCAUCACACCCGCCACCACCCCUGACAAGCGUGAGGAACUAAACAAGAUGACAGGCAUUGCCGAUCGCGAGCCAGUUGUGGGGGAGGACUUCUAUCAAUGGGUGAUUGAAGAUAAAUUCAACAAUGGCGUGCGGCCACCGUGGGAUCGUGUGGGGGUUACAUUCUCAACAGAUGUUCCCGGUUAUGAAAACGCCAAGGUGCGUAUUCUGAACUCCUCACAUAUCCUUCUCAGCUUCCCUGCACUCCUGCUGGGUAUGACGUACAUCCAUGAGGGCAUGUGUGAUCCGGAUAUUUACCGAUUGGUGAAUGAGGCACUGGAGAAGAAUGUUCUUCCAACACUACGUGUACCCGACGGUGUGGAUAUUGUGCAGUACAAGGAUAAAAUUCUAUCACGCUUUAAGAAUGCUGGUAUUGGCGAUCAACUCCUUCGUGUGGCCGGUGAUGGCUGCUCUAAGGUCCAAGUCUUCUGGACGGAAAACGUUACGGCUGUUCUCCGCAAGAGAAUGGAUCCCUCUCUCUUUGCUUUUGGCAUUGCGGCCUAUCUGGAGAUGUUGCGCGGCAAGGAUGAGAAGGGCAAUGAGAUUCCCAUCUUUGAGCCAACUCUGCCAAAGGGAUAUGAGAAACUUGUGCGAAGCAGUGAUUUGGCCGCCGCCCUGCAGCUCCCCGCCUUUGACUCGUGGCGGUCCAUGGACCACGCACAGCUGGACCGGGAUGUCGUGAUGUUCCGCCAGAUUAUACGGAAACGCGGGGUGCGUGCGGCCAUGCCGUGGAGGGUGAAGAAGCAUAAGGCACACAUGUAG